UAGUUAAUUAAAUAUUUUGAUUAAGAAAGAUCAUUAGACUAAUCUCUACUCUAGCAUCGAAGAUAGAAUCACCGUCAUCUCCUAUUUCAAGUGGAAGCAAAAAUCCUAAAUCGAUGUUGAAAACCUCAGCGAAGAUUGUAAACCCUUCUUCACACUUCACUUUCUCAAUCCCUCUCUUUAUACACUCAACCUAACCAAACGUCGUCGUUUAACAAGAAUCCUAAAUUAUCACAACCACUUUCUCAAUGUCGGCCAAUGGUGGCGCUGCCAUCGCCGGUGGAAGCCGCAACCGUAAUCGACAUGUCGGAGACAAUCGUUUCUACAGUCCACCACCGCUUCGUAAACACAGAGAAAAACAAGAACAACAAAGGUCUUCGCUUUCAAGAACUUCCUCAGAGAAUAGACCCGGUUCUUCUUCCGAUUGCUCGAUUUCUUCGCGUGCCACAUCUGAUAUCUCUAAUUUGGAUCGAUUCUUGGAGUACGUUACGCCCAAUGUUCCCGCACAAUAUCUUCCUAAGAGUUCAAGAAGAUGGAAAACUAAGGAGGCGGAUUUACUUCCGUACUAUGUACUUGGAGAUUUGUGGGAAUCUUUUAAGGAAUGGAGUGCAUAUGGGGCGGGUGUUCCUUUGGUGUUGAAUGGGAAUGAAUCUGUGACACAGUAUUAUAAUGUCUCUUUGUCUGCCAUUCAGCUUUAUAUUGAUCCCUCGAAACCUUCCACACGGUUACGGAAAUCCAGUCAAGAAAGUGACUCUGAAUCAGCCAGAGAGACAAGCAGCGAUAGUAGUGGUGGCCAUUGUCAUGAAAGAGGAUCAAAGACCAAUCACAGUAGUAGGAAUCAUCUUAAUGCAUUGGAUGCAUGCAAUCAUGCUUUCGAAAGGGUCUCACUAAGUAAACCUGGUUCACCAAGUAAAUCUGGUUCACCAAGUAAAUCUGGUUCACCAAGUAAAUCUGGUUCACCAAGUAAAUCUGGUUCACCAAGUAAAUCUGGUUCACCAAGUAAACCUGGUUCACCAACUAAAUCUGGUUCACCAAGUAAAUCUGGUUCACCAAGUAAACCUGGUUCACCAAGUAAAUCUGGUUCACCAAGUAAAUCUGGUUCACCAAGUGAAGAGACUGAGAGCUGCAACCCUCCGGGUCAGCUUAUAUUUCAAUACUUUGAGCACGAGACACCUUAUAAUCGUGAGCCAAUAGCAGAUAAGAUUUCUAGUCUUGCAAGUCAAUUUCCAGAGUUGAAGACAUACUGGAGCUGUGAUCUUUCGCCUGCGAGUUGGGUUUCGCUGGCGUGGUAUCCAAUAUAUAGAAUACCUACCGGUCCAACACUGCAGAGCCUGAAUGCCUGCUUUCUGACUUACCAUUCCUUGUCAACAGUUUUACAGGGUUCAAAUACAGAAUCGCAUAACAUCCAUUAUUCAAGAGGUGGGGACAUAUCCAAGCUAUCAUUACCAAUAUUUGGGCUUUCACAUCACAAGUUCAGAAUUUCUAUCUGGGAUCCGGACGGAGUUUCUGAGUCUCAGAAAGCCAAUUCUCUGGCACAAGCUGCUGAAAAUUGGCUUAGGCUAUUGCAAGUUACUCAUCCUGAUUACAAUUAUUUUCUGAAACAUUAUACAUAUUUGAGAUAGCAGCAUAGCAUAUGUUAGUCCCUGCGGUUUCUGUUGUUCAUUAAGUGAAUAUCUUCAUACAUAAACGCCACAAUCGCUUGUCUUUUCCUAAUAAAAGCAAGCAGGGUUGUUCCUUAACUAGGGGAUUCUGGGGGGAAGGAAAGGUAUUGAAAAUUACUUACAUUUCAUAUAUAAAUUGACCUGAUUGUGAUUACACAGAAUGCAAAAAAGCCUUUGACCAA